CCAGGAUCGCAAGCAGAGCACACCACUUUUCUACCCUGCGACAACCACCGCGAAAGCCUGAUAUCCUUGACGCCAAUACCAAACUUCAUAAUAAUUAGCUGUAAAGCUUCUCAUUUUCUUGCCCCCCUGGUUUGCACUUGCGAUUUAUCGAGCCUGGUCGUUUACGAGCCCAUAGUGCGGGCAACUUUCGCCAACAUUUGACUACCUGUCCAGUCCGCCGAAACCGAACCCGCGCAAUAGCACCACCGCUCUGCAGCUUGCACGCAAACAGCCCAACACCCUCACCAAACCACCACGCCGGUGACAAUGUCUGUGGAGCUGGAUCCCACGGAGCUUGGCUUCCGCAGGCCAUUCACCUCGGAAGUUGCUCAGAUACUGAAGAUCCGGAACCCCAAUAACCACCCGGUUGCUUUCAAGGUCAAGACAACAGCCCCCAAGCAGUAUUGCGUACGACCGAACUCUGGUCGCAUAGAGCCGGAUCAUGAGGUCGAGGUACAAGUUCUUCUCCAGGCUAUGAAGCAGGAUCCUCCCGCCGAUGCCAAAUGCCGAGACAAGUUUUUGGUUCAGGCUGUGCCUAUUAGCGGCGAUAAGGAGUUCGCUACGGUAGCCGACAUUUGGGAUUCGGUAGAGAAAUCCGCUAUUGUGGAGAGGAAAAUCCGGGUGACCUUCCUACCUGCUUAUUCUGCUACCGAAGCCGUAGCGACCCCGGCCAAAAGGGACACGGCUGACAAUGCGGUCGACGCUACGCCUGAUGUCCCGCCCCCGUCUUAUUCGUCUCCAGAACAAUCCUCGGCUGCUGCGCAGCCAGCUAGCAGCCCCUCGGUCGACACAAACAAGGUCAGGGCCGAGCCAGAGUCUCCUUCCAACAUCUCUUCAUCUAUUUCUGCCGCCACCGCGCAGGUUGCACAAUCAAAGCCAGUGGAGCAAGUCAAAGAGAAAGUCGCAGAGGUCAAGAGCGCAGUAGCCUCGACGGUCGAGGAUAGUGGGCUGAAGCAGCGCAAGAGCUCGGGCACUACGACUGUCAAACGUCAAACUACAGCCUCGGCGCCAGUAACAAAGGUGCACCCCGCAGCUCAGCAGGCGCCUCAGGGCGUUCCUGUACACAUGGUGGCUGCCUUGUGUCUUGUGAGCUUCCUGCUUGCUUAUUUCUUCUUCUAGUAAGGUAAGGAACCUCAGUUGUGCAAAGCUAGCGCGGGCGAUAUCCUGUGUGCUCCAGAGCUCGUGACUGGAUGCUUUCGAGCUGUUGAUUUGAGUUAUGCGAAUGAGAGGCCCUGCAUAUCUGAUUGGCUUGCAUGCUUUAAUCCGAUGUCUUGUUUUUCUUUUCUUUCUUUUUGGUACGACGAGAGGGUGGGCUGGUCGUGCUACAAUUUGUAUUGUGCCCUGCACGACUGUACCGCGAGAUCGGCUAGGAGGGCGUUGUGCUAGGCUAUAGAUAGUGGGGGUUGGUGAGAAAUCACAGCUGGUGGUUAAUGUGGCAAUGGGGCAUGAUUGUGAAGGAACGUCGCCUGCCUACCAGGUACACUGAAAUGUUGAAUGACUUGGUCUGCAGUGUCGCAUCACGGCAGCAGCUCAUGAGCAUUGGUUGCUGUACAUAUGGAGACCUGAAACUGGAGCAGAUUGGCCCAGAGAAAUGUACUUAUAGGUUGUACCUUCAAAGCACGAGAAUUUCUUUUGUUCGUAACAUCUGCUCUGGUACUGUCGUUAACCUCGAUAGA